CAAAUCAGUCGCAAAAAGUACGUCGCCAGAACGCAAAACCGAGAGACCUGGCACGCUGCAAAAUCAAAAAGAAAAUAAAGAUUUUCUAACCAACCAACAACAAACGAAAUACCACACAAAAAAAAAAAUAGAUAAAUAAAUAAAUAGAAAUCAAAAUCGAAAUCAAAAUCAUAAUAAAAGUAGUUUUUAUUAUUCAAAGAGAAAAUAAAAAGGCAGCGCAAAGCGUAUCAAACGAAUCGUGGUUUAUUGCAAAAGGUAGCCACAGCAACGCGUUACGGGAGCAACGAACGCCAGGAGCAGCGGCAGAAGAAGAAGCAGAAGUAGAAGGAGCAGCUGAGGAAGUUUAAGAAGAAGGAAGCAAAGCACACAAAUUUACAAAGAUGUCAUGGAGAUAUGCGCUAGUCGACAGAUACAGCAGCAGCAUUGGCGAUAGAUAUAGUCCGCACUAUUAUCAGUCGCCCAGCCGCCUGGAAACCUCAGAACAGACCACAGGACGCCAGCUGCAACGUGUGCUGCACUAUUCGAUGGCUCCUUGCCGCAGUUUGCCGGGUCUGAGACGCGCCGAGUGCGCCAUACACGAUGUUGACUGUGAUGAAGUCUAUCCGGGCAUUUACAUAGGCGAUGCUGCGGCGGCUAAAAACAAAACAUACUUGAGGCUGAUGGGCAUUACGCACGUGUUGAAUGCGGCGGAAGGUUGUCGCUAUGGUCAAGUGGACACUGGACACAGUUACUAUCGGGAUAUGCCCAGCGUUAGACGCCAACAUAAGGAUUGCUUUUUUAGAUAUAUGGGAUUCCCCAUGAUCGAUGCGCCCACGACAGACAUUUCCCGUUACUUCUAUGUGGCAUCCAAGUUCAUCGACAGCGCCAUCAGCAGCGGCGGCAAAGUGCUGGUACAUUGCCUGGUGGGCAUGUCGCGAUCGGCCACCUGCGUCCUGGCGUAUCUGAUGAUUUGCCGUAAAAUGUCCGCCGUAGAUGCGAUACGCACGGUUCGGAUGCGCCGUGAAAUUCGACCAAACGAUGGCUUCCUUCAGCAGCUCGCCGAUCUCGAUAUGGAGCUGAAGCGCAAGAAUCUUUAUCCCUAUUAAGCCACCCCCUCUCCCCUGCCCCUACCCCUUUCCCACUCAAAAACAAACUAACAAACUUCCCCCCCCCCUACCCACACACACACAACCAAAGAUACACACACACUAUAGUACUGAAUAAGAGCGAGAGAGAAACACAAAUAUAACGUAUACGACGAAUACGUGAUUUGUCUUGAUAUUAAACGUUGACACACACACAUACACAAAUAAAUAUAUAUCCCACACACACACACAAACACACACACACACACACAUAUAUAGACCACAAAAAAGCGUUGUUCUAAACUAUUUAUAAUGAAAAAGCUAACGACUUAAAGGUAACUUGGUCUUCUGAAAAAGAACCGAAAAUAAUAAAGAAAACAUUUCAAAAUACAAAACAAAACUGUUCAACUGAUCAACUGUAUAAUCAUGGCAACUAGAUAUAUAUGUAUAGUUAUAUAUAGAAUCGGCCAUACUUCCAUUUAGUGGGAAUCAAGUUACACUAGAGAAACUCCACAGCGAUACAUAGCGACCUAGGCGUUACACCAACAACAACAAUAACUACAACAAAAACAAAAACAAAAUUAAGAUGAGAACGUAAUCGAGCUGACAUUUUACCAUAUGAUUAAUGUAUACACACAUACAUACAUACAUAUACAUAUAUAUGCAUACGUCUUUAUAUAUGUAUUCCUAUGAAAUGACUUUUUUGUAUGCAAAAAACGAAAAAACAAAAACCAAAAAACUCUUUCGAAUUGUGGUUCAUCUCUUCUACCCAAGCUUACAUCUACAUAUAUAGUUAAGAUCUUACUAUAUACUACAUACAUAUGCAUAUGUAUAUGUAUAUGUACUUAGGCGUUUAAGAUGAGCUGAAGAACAAAACCAAAAACCAAAA